UAGUAGUGCAUGCCGAUUUGCGUAGCUUAGGGUAGGCAGCAACAUCUUAGCGUAUAUCGUAUCCUUACCUAGAGCAUGUACAUAUUCACGUAUUGCGCAGAUGGAUGACCGGUAAUUGAUAUUUCCGCAUGCAGGCCUGGUUCAUUCUAUCUUUAAAUAGUCAAACUACAAAAACUCAUACUGGUGCCCAUGUCUGGCAUCGUUACGAUACAGUAUUGGAAUUGUCUCCUGGGGCCACCCAGAAUGGAUAUCACCCGCCAAAGACGCCUCCUCCUGGAGAGACUCAGCCCAGGUGAUCGCUCGUCAAGGAAGUUGCAGGAAACAGCUUGUCGACGUGUAAGGACCAUUGGUGGAUGGUUUUUACGGAACACCCAAGUACAGCAUUGGGCCAAGUCUCAGAGCACGCAGUUUCUCUGGGUUCAUGGUGAUGCAUCGACAGGAAAGAGUUGCAUAAGUUCCCUCUUAGUCGAACACCUUUCAGCAACCCAGCUCGAUUCCAGCAUAAAGUCCGCCGUGGCUUGUGUACAAUUUGAAAACACAGGACUUUAUUACUCAUUGGCAGACUUUGGGGCUGCAAUCUGUUCCAUUGCUAGGCAGAUUGUUUCCCAACUACCCGAGUCGUCCGAGACCCUCAAACGGCUCAUCUCUGCACCAGUCACCGUGUGGACGUGGUGGUUAGAUAACUUUCAGGUAAUCUGGGCCGAACUCGAAUCAUAUUUUGAAAAGAUUUACAUCGUCUUGGACGGUCUGGACGAUCCAAAUCCGGCAGCGUUUCACGACUUUGUGGCCAAGCUUCGCCUCUCGGACAAAGAAUCGUCCGCCCAUGUUGUUCUAUUGAGCCGCUCAAAGCCCUUUGAGGAGGUCCUUCGACGGUUUGGAGGAGCGAGCCUAGAGGUACGGGCAAGUCAGGAGGAUCUGAUUCAAUACCUCCAGCAGCCCUUUCAAAGCAACCUCGACGUACAGGCUGGAGUGCUAUCCGAAUCUGCGCUGGCACAAGAUUUGACGCGAUGGGCCGGGCUAUUCGACCACCGUUUCAUGCCCAUAUACACUCAAAACUUAUACCAUUCAGCAUUUCCAACGGGUUUCGGCGUUUCGGAGACCGUUUCGCAGGAACUCUCCCAGGCGAAUGCUUUGCAGAGGGCCGCCACGUUUUGCGAGCUCGCCGCGGCCAGCAUCACUCAGUCUGCACACGGGGACCUGAUCAUGACGAUUCUCUAUCUUCUAAUUGCGGCCAAGAAGACUAGACACCAUCUGAAUGGCGAGGCUAUCUUGAAUCCAUUGCGUAUGAGCGACCAGUCACUUGCAGGUGCCUUGGCAGCAACGACGGCGGAUCUUGCCAGUAUCUGCUCAGACUUUGUCUUUGUCAAUGAGCCAACACAAGUCUGGGACAUCAAGUCUCCUCUUCUAGCAGAGCAUCUCGAUGAAAGACGUGCGACACACUGCCCAACGGACACGAUUGUCAAUAUACUCCUGCGAUAUUUGUCGAAACAAGAGUUCAAAGCCGGCGCUUGCGGAUCAUCUACAGCACUCAAACGCCGCUUCAAAGACCACCCACUGCUAUCGUUUGCCGCACGAAACUUGAGCCUAUGGAUGGCUGAUGUUGACGUGGAAAGCAUUUCUGUGGCUUUCUUACAAUUCUCUUCCAAAGCCGCUUCAAUCGAUUCCUAUUUGCAAGCAGCCGAAGCCUGGGCGUUUAACGAGGAAUCAAGCUACGACGAGCUUGAGGCUGUUGAAGAGCGCUGGAAUGUCUACCCGAAAGGAUACUCGGCGCUUCAUCUCGCCGCCCAUUUGGGAGCAGGAAAGUUUAUUGUGGAUGAACUUGUUCGGCUCGGUGGGGAUGUGGAGGGGCUAGACAGGAUGAUGCAAACGCCCUUGCAUGUUGCAGCCUACGGAGAACAGUUUGAAGAAACGAUUCGGGCCCUUUUACAACACGGAAGUGACGUGUCUGCCUUGAACGAUGGAGGGCAGGGACCUUUGUCGAUCGCUUUGGUUCACGGGAGCGCUGGUACGGUUCGAAUGCUCAUUGACCAAGGUGCCAAACUUGAUGCGAUCGAUGUGGAUCUUCUGGGAGAAUCUCUAGAGGAAUAACCACAAGUCUAUGCGUAUUUGAUUGAACGAGGCCUGAUCUCUAAUCAGACCUAGAAGUCUACUUCUCAACUGCUCUUAGACCCCACGUGUGUGGGAACACUUCUCAUAUUUACCUAAUCAAGUCGUCACAACCAUCUUCUUCUUUCGAUUGCCUCUAUGCUUGAACUUCCGGAUCCAACUUCGUGUGAGACUUUCGACGUUGUUAAUUCGUUUGUGAUUGUGACCGCCCAUCAGAGCAGACGCGCCUCUACGGGAAGGAGUUUUCAGGUUCGAGACGACCUCUCACAUAACACUGCU